AUGGACAGCAGCAACGCGUUCGCGUCUCUCGCGACAUUCAAGUUGCCCUCGCCAUGCCGUUUGUUAGCGUCGGCCUGUUGUCCGGACAAGGACCUCGUCGUUCUUAUAGCUCGCCUGGGAGGACGCGAUAGAAUUAGUCUGUGGAAAAUGCAGGGCUCUAGAAAGUGGGAGGUUGAUAUCGCAACCGACGACGUUCCUGCUACUGUUGCCAGUCUUGUCUGGCAUCCAGACGGACAGACCAUCGCUGUGGUGCAUGAAUCCGGGAGAAUCACGAUGCAUUCCGUUCAAGAUGGUCGUACCGAACGUUCUCUUUCCAUAAACUCCUGUCGGGGAGCCCAAACUGUCCCCAAGGUAGUUGGGGCUUGGUGGUUUCCCGGACUCAGUGAGUCCACCACCGAUGUCAUUCCUGACAUUUUCAAGAGGAAUGGGGUGAAGACUGGCUCAGCACUGUCCAUUCUGAAGAUUUUACCCUUGCUUGAUCCCCUUAAAGAAACAAGCAGACACGUCACUGCGACGGACCUCUUUGCUUUUCAAGGGACUCAGACUAGGAGUACCCGAAAGACAUCGGUCCCCGACGUGAUUACUCAAUGGCCGUCCUUAGUACCCAUUCUGGAAGAUAUUUCUAUUAGCUCUCCAGACCAAACAGAUGAAAACCAUAAAAGUGGCAGCGCGGAUAAUUUGUUUCGCAAAGCAGACGAGGAUAGUCUAUUGGCCCUAGCUGACCAGAGUGGUGGACUCCACCUCUUCCUAGCCGGGACCUAUUGCCUUGGAACAGUUACUCUACCAGGGGGGCAUCCACCUAUAUUCUUAUACAAGCAUCCUAAUCCACCGCUCCUCCUGUUCCACUCGGAGAGCCCUGACGGCGAUUUCUUUUCAGCUGGCAUGCAGCCGAUGCUCGUCAACGUUCCACUCCUAGGUACUCCAGCCGUCCGCGAAUUCGCUCGACUAUCUUCCGCUGCGCGCGAGUUGAUGAGGUAUAUUAUGAGUGUUCUUGAUGAGAUGAAGGAAGCCUGGCUUGGUUCAGCGUCUGUGACUGGGGCAAGGGAAAUUGGAAAGACGUGGGUGGAAUCUCUGGAAAAAAGGCUCAAGGAGGAGUAUGAAGAAGAUCCUGACGCUGUUUUUGAACUCACUAGCUUUCUUGUCACGGGAUCCAUGUCUGAGGGACUCUCAGACUUUAUCCUCAGCAGUGAUCAGACUAGUGACAGAGCACUUCAAAAGUGGGACAAUGCAAUUACUGAUGCACUGACGAAAAUGUGCGACUAUUCGAACAUGCGGAUUAUCCCCGCCUUGCAGAGACUCCACAUUGUUCUCGAUGAAAUUCGUGGAUGGUCACUCAUGUCACACCUUGCGCCGUUUGGUUUGAAUACGAGCGACAUCGUAACUUGCCUGAGCCUUGUGGAGCGUGGCAUUUUCGUUUCGGCAUGGCUCGCUACUGAAGCGAAGAAGGAACUCAGGACAUUCAAACAAUUUCUUAAUUUCAUCCGGUAUGAGAUGACAGUGGCUAACAUGAGUGGAGAGUCCCAGGCUUUCCUUGACUAUGAUAUACUUGAAGUGAACAACUAUUUAAUGUCCGGUUUUAUGGCCAGCCAAAUCGACCGGUGGUUUACAGGGUCAGCACCUCAAUUUAAUCCCGGUGAUCUCUGCACUUCACAAACCCCAAAAUCUCUGGAUGAUGCACUGGAACUGGCCCGCACCGCAUUUCAAGAUCCUUCACAAACUGCAUGGCAACCAAAUGUCGUGCGCAUAGAGCUUUCACAACUAGACAGAAAUCUAGAUGUGCUAGUACAGAAAUUGGCUAUGCGGUGCCAACAAGCCUUUGCGCAAGCCUCCCCAGCCACUGCCCGGUCCGCAACGGUACCAGCUGAUAGUGGGGCUGUACUGACUAAGGCGAAGGAAUUAAGCCCUACUCCCAAAAAUAAUUGUCUAUUUAUUUGCCACCGGGUAAUUCGUGACGACAACGAGGUGAACGGUGUUUUUCUUUCUGCGAAGAGUUGUUCAACUGUGUUCAACGUGCACAGCCCAAUGGUGACCUACAUGUACCUAAGUAGAAUGCCAUGUGGUCAGUACGCGAGGGUGGCUGGAAGUUUUGAAGUUGCCAUCUUGGAAUGUUCAGUGGACAUGGACGGCGAUGAAGGCGGAGAUCUUGACAUAUUGGAUGCUGAAUUUUUUGAUGACAAUGUGAUUGUUUUGGUGUACCGGAUCAAAGGAACGCAGGGUCCGAUAUAUGUCGGUACGAUGAAUUACACGAUGCUGAGAUACCAAAGGCUGGAAUCAGAAGAAUACGUAAGUGGUCCUGCGCAAAAAGAUAUGAUUGUGGAUAUGUUGCAACGAUGGAGGGAGGGGCAUCUGAUGGGUGGUGGGGUUCCGAUCACGAAAUGCCGCCGGUUGUCAGCGUGCAAGAGCGGGUCGAUUUCAAUGGCAGUGAACGGACGGGUUGGCCGGAGGGUCGUCUGUGUGUUAGGGGGCGAUGGGAUGACGAUGGAGGUCAUAGACAUGGAAGGAGACGAGAUGGAAGCGGAUGCAGCAUCGGAGAUGGAGAUGGUCGGGGCAUGA